AUGGAUUCUAUUCAAUUUCAGAGAGAAAAACUCUUCACACUCUCAAAUUCUGUGAAGCUCUUGUUAGAAAAGAUUGGUUCUACUGAACUCAUCGACAAAACUGAACUCGUAGAAAACUUCCGGAAGAUGAAGCUCGACGUUUCACUCUUGACAAAACUGAAGAGAAGAUUGACGAGGAUCGUAGUUCUACUUAACGACGAUGCUGAUUUCAAAGAAUGGUUCGAUAUGGUGAGCUAUGCUGUCUUUGAACUCGAAACUCUGUUUGACGAAAUCAACACCGAAGCAUUGCGGCGCAAAGUGGAAGCAGAGUAUAAAACCCUAACUCUUUCUCCUUCUCAGGUUAUCAAAAAUGCUAUUUAUUCUCCUUUCAAACGGUUUAAUAAAGCGAUUAAGUCUAAAUUGCUAAAAUUAAUUGAAAGAUUGGAUUUAUUGAGUUCAGGAAGUGGACAGAAAGGUAAAUUAGGUGUUUCAAAUUCCGGCGGUGUUUGGCUUGAAAAUCCGGAAAAUUCUGAUGUGGUUGAAGAGUCUGAUAUUUAUGGAAGAGAUAAUGAUAUAAGCAAACUUAGAAGUUUUUUGCUGUCUGAAGAAGAUGCUAGUGGUGGUGAUAGGAAAAUAAGAGGGAUUUCUAUUGUUGGUAUGGGAGGGAUUGGUAAAACAACCCUUGCUAAACUCCUUUACAAUGAUCCACAAGUUAAGGAGAAAUUCGGACUGAGAGGGUGGGCGGUUGUUUCGAAAGAUUUUGUUGUUUUCAAGGUUUUGGAAGCCAUUCUUAAUUCUAUCACUUCAGAAACAAUCAGGAAUGAUGAGGUGAAUCGGGAAGUUAUUGAAUUUGCUAAUACAAAAAGAAAUGACCCCGACAACCUUUACGCGAAUCUUAUAUUACUGAUGUUCAAAAAGAUUCUUAGCGAUAACUUAUUUUUGCUUGUAUUGGAUAAUGUGUGGGAUGCGGAGUCUGUCAAUUGGACGCAUCUGAUGGACAUAUUUAGUGUUGGGGAAAUGGGAAGCAGGAUCAUCAUCACAACACGGGAUGAAAGAAUUUCACCAUCUAUGGAAACCUUUUUUUCAAUUCAUUACUUGAGCCCUCUAAAAAGUGAAGAUUGCUGGUUUUUACUUGCUAGAAAUGCAUUUGGAGCAUGUAAAGACCAACAACAGUCCAAUUUAGAAGAAAUUGGUAAAGAAAUUGCAAAAAAAUGUUACGGUAUACCAUUUCUUGCAGUGGCGCUUGGGGAUUUUCUUCGCACCAAAUUGUCCCCGGAUGAUUGGAAUUAUGUGCUACAGAGUAACAUUUGGGAAUUGACUGAUCAUGACAUGCAACCUUUUCUACAAUUGAGCUACAAUUAUCUUCCAACUCCUUUAAAGCGAUGCUUUGCAUAUUGUUCAAUUUUUCCAAAGAAGUCCAUCAUAGAAAAAAAUAUGGUCGUUCAGUUGUGGAUUGCAGAAGGCUUAGUAGAUUCGUCUACAGAUCCGGAAAAAGUUGGAGAAGAGUAUUUUGAUGUACUAGUGUCAAGAUCAUUGAUACACCGACGAUCUAUUAGUGAGGAGGAAGCAACCUUUGAAAUGCAUGAUCUCAUUCAUGAUUUAGCUACUGAGGUUUCAUCUCCAUAUUGUAUAAAUUUGGAUGACCAUAACCUACAUGAUAUGGUGCAUAAUUUAUCAUACAAUAGAGGGAUGUAUGACUCACAUGAUAAAUUUGAAAAGUUGUAUGGAUUAAAAAGUCUACGCACCUUUCUAGCAUUACCAUUACAGGAACAAUUGCCUCUUUGUUUGCUAUCAAACAAGGUAGUACAUGACUUGGUGCCAACAAUGAAACAAUUACGUGCCUUGUCUUUGUCAAACUACAAGAGUAUCGCCGAGGUUCCCAACUCUAUUGGAAAUUUGUUAUACUUGCAAUACUUAAAUCUUUCACACACUAAGAUUGAAAGUUUGCCUUCUGAGACAUGCAAGCUUUACAAUCUGCAGUUCUUGUUGGUGGUGGGUUGUAAAAGAUUAACUGAAUUGCCAGAGGACAUAGGAAAAUUGGUUAAUCUGCGACACCUUGACGUCAGUGACACUGCAUUGACGGAGAUGACCGUACAAAUAGCCAAACUAGAAAAUCUCUACACUUUGUCCGACUUUGUUGUCAGCAAACAUAAUGGUGGAUUGAAUAUUGCAGAUCUAGGAAAACUUCCCCACCUACAUGGAAAACUUUCCAUCUCACAACUACACAAUGUUAAUGACCUCUCUGAAGUAGAUCAAGCCAAUAUAAAGAUGAAAGAACAAAUAGACAAAUUAAUUUUCGAAUGGGACUAUGGUAGUACUUUUCCAGAUUCCCAAAUUAAAAGUGUUAUACUUGAUCAUUUGCAACCCUCAACAAAUUUGAAAAGUAUCACCAUCAAAGGCUAUGGUGGAAUCAACUUUCCAAAUUGGUUGGGUGAUUCUUUAUAUAGAAAUAUGGUGUAUUUAAAAAUCUCGAAUUGUGAUGAUUGUUUAUGGCUUCCGCCCCUUGGACAAUUAGGUAAUUUGAAAGAACUCAUUAUUGAAGGGAUGCAAUCAGUAGGGACAAUUGGUAUUGAGUUCUAUGGAAGUGGUGGUUCUUCAUUUCAACCAUUUCCCUCUUUGGAGAAUCUACACUUUGAGAAUAUGCAAGAGUGGGAGGAGUGGGACUUAAUUGGAGGUACAACAACAACGUUUCCUAGUCUAAAAACUUUAUCGCUUAGUAAGUGCCCGAAACUGAUAGUAGGAAACAUAGCAGACAAAUUUCCUUCCUUAACUGAACUUGAGUUAAGAGAAUGUCCUUUACUGGUGCAAUCAAUGCCAUUAUCUGAUCAUGUAUUCAGACAACUGAUGUUCCCUUUGAAUUCACUUAAACAGCUGACCAUAGACGGCAUUCCAUCUUCAAUGUUUUUUCCAACAGACGGUCUACCAAAAACAUUGAAAUUUCUCAUAAUCAGUAAUUGUGAAAAUCUAGAGUUCCUUCCUCAUGAAUACUUGUCCAAUUACACAUCGCUUGAGGAAUUGAAAAUUUCUUAUAGCUGCAAUUCAAUGACAUCAUUUACCUUGGGUGCUCUCCCUGUUCUCAAGAGUCUGUUUAUUGAGGGUUGUAAAAAUCUGAAAUCAAUAUUAAUUGCAGAAGAUGCGUCACUAAAGAGUCUCUCAUUUCUUAGAAGCAUCAAAAUAUGGGAUUGUACUGAAUUGAAGUCAUUUCCCCCAGGUGGAUUGGCCACUCCAAACCUUGUUUAUUUCGCAGUGUGGAAGUGUGAGAAGCUUCCUUCAUUACCAGAAGCAAUGCACACUCUAACCAACCUUCAAGAAAUGGAAUUUGAUAAUCUACCAAAUCUUCAGUCUUUUGUCAUAGAUGAUUUACCUAGCAGCUUGCAGGAACUGACAGUUGGCUCUGUUGGAGGGAUUAUGUGGAAUACUAAGCCAACUUGGGAGCAUCUCACUUGUCUUUCAGUGUUGCGAAUUAACGAUGAUAAUACAGUGACCACUCUGAUGGGGCCAUUUCUACCUUCAUCUCUUGUGACACUAUGCAUCUGUGGUCUUAGUGAUACAAGCUUUGACGGGAAGUGGCUUCAACAUAUCAAUUCUCUCCAAAAUCUUGAGAUUGUUAAUGCUCCCAAACUUAAGACUUUACCAAAAAAAGGAUUGCCUUCAUCUCUUUCAGUACUAAGUAUGACUCGUUGUCCUUUAUUGGAAGCAAGUUUGCGGAAGAAGCGGGGGAGGGAGUGGCGUAAGGUUGCUCACAUUCCUGCCAUAAUUAUCGAUGAGGAAUUGAUCACAUAA